CGUUAAGUGCAAGGAGUGAAUUAGGGAGGAGACCUGUAUUCCUGCGUUAUCGUACCAGAUGUUCUGAGAAUGAGAAGGAGACACACUGUCUCCACUCCCUGUUUCUGUUUCAUGUAUGUUCUUAACUCCUCAUCUCCCGCUUGACAACUGGAUUGAUAAGAAAGUUGGGGAGGCAUAAUGACUUGAAAAAGCUAUAUACAAUAGGAGAUAGGUAUGCAUGCAUGAUAAAAGACUUUUAACUAGCAAAGGGGGGGGGGGCUUGGGCUAUUUCAUGAAUAAUCUGUGACGCGACGGACCUGUCUAUAAAAACCUAUUAGUUUUGCCUAGAAGCAGGCUGAUUCUCUUGGGAGAUGGGCUGCUCUUUAUUUUUGUGUGCACUCUUCAAUAAAGAACUUAUACUUGGACCUUGCUGGUGUUGCCUGUCUCUCUGCGGUCAGACAACAAACCGCGCUGUCUGGGAUUCGAGUCCCCGACAAAUUUGGCGACCAUGAAAGGACUCAUCUGACUCUCCGAUGUAGGAUCAGACUCUAAAAGCAAUGCAGCGCGCAUUCUCCGGCUUCGAGGAGCCUUGCCAAUGAUCUGAUUCCUGCGUCGGCGAUAAGGUGUGUCCUGCGAACCAGCUGAAGCCCAUAGAAAUCCAGCAAUGUCCACCUACCCAUUGAGUAGGCUCCAGAUCCAGGUCUUCGGGGUUCGAGUCCCUGGAGAGGUCUCUGUAUUUACAGGUGAAAAAAGUCCUGCUCCAAGGAUCCUAAGCAAACCUGCCAUUUGUUAAAACCAGGUGACUGGGUCUACAAAAAGGUCCAUCAACAAAAGACUACUCUGGACCCAUCCUGGAAAGGUGUUUUUUUUAAGUCCUGCUAACUACCGCUGUGAAGUGCCAAGGACUGACUGCCUGGACCCAUGCUUCUCACUGCAAAAAGACCCCUUCACCUCGAGAUGACUUCACUUCGACUACUGCUCAGCCUGUCCCUCCUUCUGGGUUUUUUCUUUCCUCCUUUUGGACAGCAGGGGAAAGGACAAGGUGAAGUGCUAGUAACCUCUCCCUUGUCCAUUGACAGAGCUAACCUGCAUUGCACCGCUAGGGAACCUGGAAAAAAUUUCCCCAGAAGCAGACGGCUUCGGACUUUGAGGGAGCUACGCACGUUCACCCCACCGUAAACUGGGUGAAUCAGAAGAGACAACAUUCGUGUUCAAGAACAAUGGACUGCCACCCCUUUGGGCAAUCUGAAGCUCCGACUGCAGCUGAACAAACCUUGAGUUCGUGGUAUCCUAUCCGAAAAGGAUGGCCCCAGGAUUUAGCCUGGGUUCUUGUGUUUGUAAUCUGUUUGUUAUUUGUUUUUUUGUUUUUGUUUUUUUUGGUGGUACGAAGAGUAGAAAGUAUAGAAUCACAUAGUCCUAACACAUUUAUACGCCUUGCCCAUGAAAUGAAAGCUCGCAUGCCAGCCCUACAAAAUACUUCAUGCUGGGUGUGCUCGUUAAUGCCAGCUGAUAGCCAAAAGGGUCUUCCCAUGGUCCCUAUUCUUCUUAGUGCAAUGAAUAUGACCUGGACUCCAUCCUGGAAGGAUUCCUCAGGCAAUUUAAAUAUUACCUGGGCGGAUACCGGCAUCUCUGAGAGCAAGUAUCUAAUAGUUUGGAAACGAGUUGGUCAAUGGUGCCUCUUGAAAAAGGGAAAAAUAGCAUUAGGAAAUAGUGAGUGCAACGCUUACUUUAACGGCACUCAUUUUGGGAGCAAGAGAGGUCCUAAUAUCACUCUCCUGGAUGGGGCAACCUCUUGUACCUCUGAAUGGCACAGUUUCACAGGUCACAAGUGCAGUUUACAUGGGGAGGAGAAUUUCCUGUAUCAUGGUCACAAAUUGGUGGAACAUUACGUCAUCAAUUGCACGCUUGAGUAUAACCUGACAACGCAUAUUAUGUGCUUAUGUUCCUCCAGUGCCUCCACAACUAAAUUCUCCCUUCUCCCAUCUUGGACAGGGUGGUAUAGACGUACUAAUAAUACCUGGUCCAAAGUCACUCCUACUCUCUUUGGAGUAUACUGGGUAUGUGGUAAUAAGGCAUACCUAGCCCUUCCUCCUUCAUGGAGUGGAUCCUGCUAUUUGACUUGUUAGAACCACCUGUAGUAUAUCGCGCACAACUUCCCAAAGGAAGAAUCAGAAAUGUAAGAGGGGUGGAGGAAGACAUUAAUGAUUCUUGUCCCCUUACUUGGAGUGCCCUAAACGAUUGGAUAGGUGCUUGUGCAGGAUUCGUCUUCGCCUGUGGGGGCGCCACUUGGCAUAUUGGAGAAGGAGUUAUGAGACUUCAGGGAAUAUUAGAGAUAAUGGCAAAUACUAUUGCCAAGGCCUUGGUAGCUUUAGCAACCGAGCAAAAGAAACUAAGGCAGAUGGUCCUUCAGAACCGCUUGGCGUUAGAUAUUUUGCUGGCCUCCCAGGGAGGAACAUGCACGUUAUUUGAGCAGGAAUGCUGUGUAUAUAUUCCAGAUGUUUAUAACGCCACCUGGGAAAGAGCAAACCACCUUAUACAAGUUGCAAAAGACCAUGGAGGAGAGUGGGUUGACUCGUGGUGGAGCAAUUUGUUUAAUUGGAUUCCAGAUAUAGGUGGCUGGCUACAUAACCUGCUUUGCAGUGCUGUUGUAAUCAUUUGUGGUUUAAUAGUUUUGUAUGUUAUGCUAAAAUGUGGCUGUUGGGUGGGUACUAAGUUGUGCCCUACCAACUAGUGGAUAUUUCACACACAUGACUUCCUGUGUCCCCAGAGUUCCCCCACGACACUCUGGGGACAAAGCGGGGACUGUUAGGAAAAUGUAACAUGAAGCAGUUAUGUCAACCGAACCAAAGUUAGGCCAAUGCAGGAAUGCUAGGAAGGUACCUGACUGGAAUAGGUAGGAUGAAAGAAUGCUCGUUAAGUGCAAGGAGUGAAUUAGGAGGAGACCUGUAUUCCUGCGUUAUCGUACCAGAUGUUCUGAGAAUGAGAAGGAGACACACUGUCUCCACUCCCUGUUUCUGUUUCAUGUAUGUUCUUAACUCCUCGUCUCCCGCUUGACAACUGGAUUGAUAAUGAAGUUGGGGAGGCAUAAUGACUUGAAAAAGCUAUAUACAAUCGAAGAUAGGUAUGCAUGCAUGAUAAAAGACUUUUAACUAGCAAAGGGGGGGGGGUUGGGCUAUUUCAUGAAUAAUCUGUGAUGCAACGGACCUGUCUAUAAAAACCUAUUAGUUUUGCUUAGAAGCAGGCUGGUUCUCUUGGGAGACGGGCUGCUCUUUAUUGUUGUGUGCACUCUUCAAUAAAGAACUUAUACUUGGACCUUGCUGGUGUUGCCUGUCUCUCUAUGGUCAGACAACGAACCGUGCUGUCUGGGGUUCGAGUCC